CCCCCCUCGUCGCACUGGAAACCUGUGUUCCUCUCUGUUAUUUCAACCACGUCUCUGCUCUCAUACUCUCUGUGUACACAGGGAUGCGGGGGAAUCCGUGAAGUCGUGAGGGCUGCGGUUGGUUUCAAGGCGAUGAACGUUCACGAUCCUCAGCUCAAUUGGAGGGAAGACGCAGCGCUACCGCUGUCCGCAUGAUAGAGCUUACUUAGUCACAUUAAUGUCGGUUCUAUCAUUCCUAGACGAGUAGAAAAGAAGACCCGGGGAGAGUGUCAUAAGCCGCGUUUGACAGGUGCCCGUCGGCUCCGCUACCGGUCGGGCAGACGAGAUGCCGCCCGUUCAAAGGACGAUGUCGGACCUCCGGUCCCGUGCCGAGGGUUACAAGAACACGGAGGACUCCACGGAGAAGACGUCGAUGGCUGACCAUGGAGACAGCCGGCUGAUAUUCCUCAACCAGCAACAGUAUACAAAGUUCUGCAGCAACAGAGUCAGCACGGCCAAGUACAACCUCCUCACCUUCCUCCCCCGCUUCCUAUACUCCCAGUUCAGGAGGGCGGCCAACUCCUUCUUCCUCUUCAUCGCUCUCCUGCAGCAAAUUCCAGAUGUUUCUCCUACGGGUCGCUGGACCACCCUGGUGCCCUUGCUCUUCAUCCUGGUGGUGGCUGCCGUCAAGGAGAUCAUCGAAGACCUGAAACGCCACAAAGCUGACAAUGUUGUGAACAAAAAAGAAUGUCAAGUGUUGAGGAAUGGUGCCUGGGAGAUCGUGCACUGGGAGAAGGUGGGCGUUGGGGAGGUAGUUCGGGCGGCCAACGGAGACCACCUUCCGGCUGACCUGGUCAUACUCUCCUCCAGUGAACCACAAGGUAUGUGCUACAUCGAAACCUCCAACCUGGACGGAGAGACCAACCUCAAAAUCAGACAGGGUCUCCAGGUGACCUCGGAGAUCAAGGACAUCGACAGCCUGGUGCGGCUCUCCGGGCGCAUGGAGUGCGAGAGCCCCAACCGCCACCUCUACGAGUUUGUGGGAAACAUCCGAUUGGAGAGAGACAGCACACUCUCUCUCGGCCCGGACCAGAUCCUGCUGAGGGGGGCUCAACUCCGAAACACCCAGUGGAUCCACGGAGUGGUGGUCUACACAGGACACGACACCAAGCUCAUGCAGAACUCCACCCGUCCCCCUCUGAAGCUAUCCAACGUGGAGCGCAUCACCAACUUCCAGAUCCUGGUGCUGUUCGGCUGCCUGCUGGCCAUCUCUCUGGUGUGCUCCAUCGGACAGACCAUCUGGAAGUACCAGUACGGCAACGAUGCCUGGUACAUGGACCUCAACUACGGCGGCGCGGCCAACUUUGGCCUCAACUUCCUCACCUUCAUCAUCCUCUUCAACAACCUGAUUCCCAUCAGCCUCUUGGUCACGCUGGAGGUCAUUAAGUUCAUCCAGGCCUUCUUCAUCAACUGGGACACUGACAUGCUGUACGAGCCGACCAACACACCUGCCAUGGCUCGCACCUCCAACCUCAACGAGGAGCUUGGCCAGGUGAAAUACAUCUUCUCGGACAAAACGGGCACCCUGACCUGCAACGUGAUGCAGUUCAAGAAGUGCUCCAUCGCCGGCGUGACCUACGGUCACAACCCAGAGGCAGAGGAGGGUAGUUUUGCAGAGGAAGACCGGCACAGCACGCAAUCGUCAGAGGAGGCUGAGUUUAAUGACCCGAGCUUACUGGAAAACCUCCAGAGUAAUCACCCUACAGCAGGCGUGAUCCUUGACUUCAUGACCAUGAUGGCUGUCUGCCACACAGCCGUACCGGAGCACACCGAUGGAUCCAUCUCCUACCAGGCCGCUUCUCCUGACGAGGGAGCCCUUGUGAGGGCCGCACGCAACCUGGGCUUCGUUUUCACAGGCCGGACCCCCGACACGGUCAUCCUGGACUCGAUCGGGAAGGAGGAGAAGUAUGAACUGCUGCAUGUGCUGGAGUUCACAAGCACGAGGAAGAGGAUGUCGGUCAUCAUACGCACCCCAUCCGGAAAGAUCCGCCUGUACUGCAAAGGAGCCGACACUGUGGUCUACGACCGCCUCGCCGACAGCUCCAGGUACAAAGAGAUCACACUGAAGCACCUGGAAACGUUCGCCACCGAGGGGCUGCGCACUCUGUGCUUCGCUGUGGCAGAGGUCAGCGAGUCGACCUACCAGCAGUGGCUGGAGAUCCACCAGAGGGCCUCCACCUCGCUGCAGAACCGCUCCCUCAAGAUGGAGGAGACGUACGAGCUCAUAGAGAAGAACCUGCUGCUGCUGGGGGCCACGGCCAUAGAGGACAAGCUGCAGGACAAGGUGCCCGAGACCAUCGAGACCCUCAUCAAGGCCGACAUCAAGAUCUGGAUCCUGACCGGGGACAAGCAGGAGACCGCCAUCAAUAUCGGACAUUCUUGCAGACUGCUGACCAAGAACAUGGGCAUGCUGGUGAUCAACGAGGACAGUCUGGAUGCGACCAGGGAGACUCUGGGAUACCACUGUGGGAUGCUGGGAGACGCCCUGUACAAGGAGAACGACUUCGCCCUCAUCAUUGACGGCACUACCCUGAAGUACGCGCUCACGCUCGGGGCGCGCCAGCACUUCCUGGACCUGGCCCUCUCCUGCAAGGCUGUCAUUUGCUGCAGGGUGUCUCCGCUGCAGAAGUCUGAGGUGGUGGAGCUGGUGAAGAAGCAGGUGAAGGUGAUCACCCUGGCCAUCGGCGACGGGGCCAACGACGUGGGCAUGAUCCAGACGGCGCACGUGGGCGUGGGCAUCUCGGGGAACGAGGGUCUGCAGGCCGCCAACUCCUCCGACUACUCCAUCGCCCAGUUCAAAUACUUGAAGAAUCUGCUGCUGGUGCACGGGGCCUGGAAUUACAACCGCGUUGCCAAGUGUAUCCUGUACUGCUUCUAUAAGAACAUUGUCCUCUACAUCAUCGAGAUCUGGUUUGCGUUCGUCAACGGUUUCUCGGGACAGAUCCUCUUCGAGCGCUGGUGCAUCGGCCUGUACAAUGUGAUCUUCACGGCUCUACCUCCUCUCACUCUGGGCAUAUUUGAGCGUUCCUGCAGGAAAGAGAACAUGCUGAAGUACCCAGAACUCUACAAAACCUCACAGAAUGCAAUGGGGUUCAACACCAAGGUUUUCUGGGCCCAUUGUUUGAACGGCCUCUUCCACUCCGUCAUCCUCUUCUGGUUCCCCCUCAAAGCCUUCCAGCAUGACACGGUGUUUGGCAACGGGAAGACGCCCGACUAUCUCCUCUUGGGCAACAUGGUUUACACAUUUGUGGUCAUCACAGUUUGUCUGAAAGCCGGACUAGAGACCUCGUCCUGGACCAUGUUCAGCCACAUCGCCAUCUGGGGCAGCAUCGGCCUGUGGGUGGUGUUCUUCGGGAUCUACUCCUCCCUCUGGCCCUGGAUCACGCUGGCCCCCGACAUGUCGGGACAGGCGGACAUGAUGUUCAGCUCGGGGGUCUUCUGGACUGGCCUGGUCUUCAUCCCCACCACCUCGCUGGUCUUUGACGUGGCCUACAAAGUUGUGAAGAAGGUGUGUUUCAAGACCCUGGUGGACGAGGUCCAGGAGUUGGAGGCGCUGUCUAAAGACCCCGGAGCCGUCGUCCACGGCAAGAGUCUGACGGAGCGGGCCCUGCUCCUGAAGAACGUGUUCAAGAAGAGCACGGUCAGCCUCUACCGCUCCGACUCCAUGCAGCAGAACCUACUCCACGGCUAUGCGUUCUCCCAGGACGAGAACGGCGUGGUGUCUCAGUCGGAGGUGGUGCGCGUGUACGACACCACCAAGCAGCGGCCCAGCGAGUGGUGAGGGCCGCACUCGUCCUCUUUUCGGCCGACGCCAUCUUUAAAAAAAAAAACGACAACGACGUCAUCAACGGCCGUAGCGUAACUUGCGGUUGGUUUGGGAGCGGAGGGCCGCGAUUGGUCGGGGAAGAGUCGACCCCGCCCACACGAUGCAGGAAGUAUCCGACCUGACUAGGCGGGCGCUGGAGAUGUGAGAUCUGUCUUGUUCUACUUUAAAAAAAAAGAAAACUAUGAAAGGGAUAAUUGAUAAGGAGUGACGUGUGUUGACUUGCGUAUUCACUAUGCUGUAGUUGUGUGUCCAGCAGACAUAAUGAGCACUGUGCUUGCACUCUUUGUUUGUUUGUUUUUGUUGUUUUUGUUUUUUUGUUUUUGAGUCUGCGGUCUGAAGUUCCUGACUGUUGUAGCACUGUUGGUCAGGGUCAAACUCUCGCCUCCCAUUGGAUGAGAGGAAGAAAGGUAGACAAAAUCAUCAAUGUUGAGCCAAAAAAAGUUUAAAACGCCUCGUCUGAUUGAAAUUCAAAUUUUUUGUAUCGCCAUUGUACUGUUAAGUGUAAAAGAGAAAGGAAGAAGUAAGGGAAUGGGGGAUUCUGUUCCAGGUCACACAGAGUAUGGCUCCUGUCCACGGAUUGCCAAAGAGCAGUCGUAUAUACAAUCACCUCCAAAUCUCAGACAAGAAGGGAAAAAAGUGAAAAUUAACCACCAACCUAAACCAAAUAUAAUCCCACCCUCGAGUGUAUUCCAGCCCUAAAUGGACCACUUCAGACCAGACGCUUUUAACUGUGUUUAACCCAUCCCUGUUUUUGUUCUGCACUUCCUAACACACAUGUCUCAUAAGGCCUUACAUACAUCCACAAAUAGUUUGUCCGUUGCUCUUCUCAUAUGUUUUAUUAUAUUAUUAUUAUUAUUAUUAUAUAAAAAAGCGUGUAAAUACUGUGCCUGGUUCUAAUUUAAUUCUACGUAGGCCUCUCCGUUUUCUCUGAGUUUGAAUCGUCAGCCUAGUUGACGCCUAGAUCCUCACUAUGUUUUACACAGCAGGCUGAUUGCUCGUGACUAGUAAUUGCAUUCCACACAUUACUCGGCUGCAACAAUCCCAAUGGUGCCUAACCAGUCCUCUUUUCCCCCGUUGGACCACCUUAGCCAAGAAUAGUUUAGCGUAGCCAGCUAGCGUAGAACAGUGCUCCUCACUCUCUCACACACACACAAACACACACACACACACCUAUUGAGUAGACAAAGCCCACCCCCCACCACAGUAUUGUACUCGUACAACGUGACAUGUGAAAUACACAUUGAGUGCCUUGUGGCACAUGUUAUAACAAAGGAUAAAGGAUAACGUUCGUUCUCACAAAGUUGUAACUGGGAACGCUGGGAGGGGGGGGGGGGGCGUUCAGUGGUCUUGUCGAAUUUCUGUCUGCUUACAUCGGUGGUGGCUCUCUAUUUCACCAUAGUGUUUCCCUUGACAUGGAUUGGAAUCCUCCAACAUAAGUGCCAUUAGCUUAAGGGAGAGAGGAACAGUAGUCAGGAAACUCCACCCGUGUCGGCACUACUUGGUCUCUAUAGUUAUUUUGUGAAUUUGUAUUUUUAUAAUGGAGAUGUAUGGAUUUUGCAUCGACUGGCUUUGUAACGAAUCGUUCUCCGUACGUCUUUUGUUCUUCUUCUCUCUCAAACUGAACCGAAUGAGAAACCUGAGCUUUCUUAAAUGUACCGUGGUUAUUAUUAAUAUGGAUAUAGCUCUGUUAAUUUAUAAAUUGGACUACUUGUGUCUGUGCGAAUGCUUUUUCUUCUCCCCAUGGGAGAUUGUUUUCUCUGAAGGAAUGAGUGUGUGUCUAUGUGUUGUCUGCAUGUGCAUGUGUGCGCACAUAGCCGUGUGUGUAUGUGUGCGUGUGUUGACUCUUCUCCUGUGCAUAACAUAUAUGUAUGUAUGUAUGCCUUGCAUGUCUGUUUCCUUAAUGUGAGGCUGGGAACUGUGGACUUUUCUCUCGUGGCAACCUAUCAGUGUAUUUUAUGUGUAUUUGUUUUGCGCGCACGUGUGUGUGUGUGUGUGUGUGUGUGUGUGUGUGUGUGUGUGUGUGUGUGUGUGUGUGUGUGUGUGUGUGUGUGUGUGUGUGUGUGUGUGUGUGUGUGUGUGUGUGUGUGUGUGUAUUUGUGUUAACGAGUGCGCAUGUGUGUGCUCACGCCGGCCUGUGUGAAGACGCUUGCUCUUACUGUCUGUUUGCACGAAUCCAAGUAUAGGAACGGUGUACUGCUGUCCGCUGAUGUAGGGUCCAUUUGGGUCUGUGUCUAAAGUGAGUGUGUGUGUGUGUUUGUGUGAUUGAAAGGGAGAUGUUGCACAAUGCACUCAAUGUAACUCCUCAGUAGUGGAUACCUGGUAUCAUCUGGUCAUGGGUUUUUCUUUGGCGAAUAUUUAUUUGUUUUUUGUAACUUGUUUUUUGUUCCUCAUGCAACGUUUUGUGCGACAUAACAAAAUGGAUUCUGGUUUUUGCUUCUGUUGGGUUCUGUUUAUUUGUUCGGCUUCGGGCAAAACAAAAUAGGGGUUUGUUAUGCUGCGCUUUUGUUUCGUGUUCGGGUUCGGCUUCUAUCCGCCGUCUCUAAAAAUGCUGAAUGUUGAUCUUGUGUUUGUGGACGGACUCGCACUCGUGGCUUUUUCCGGAAACAUGAAAACACGUUACAGUCCCUAGUCCCCACCCCCCCCCCCCCUCCCUUCGUAACAGUGGGGGGUGUGGGGGCUGCAUGAGUGGACUAGGAUAAAAUCAGUUCCUUAGUUAAAUGUGUAUUGUACCACUCCAAUUCUCACUCAAGUAUUGGUCACUUUACAAAAGAAAAUGCACUUUUACAUUUUUUGGUGUUUUAAUAUUUCAUUUUCAUAUGCCAUUUUGUUAAAUGAUUGUUCUGCAUGUUGGGGACUGCAAACUUUUAAGUGUUGUCUUUUACUGCCAUGGAGGACUCCUGAAAUAAACUUUACAAACAACUCGCAGUGUCGUUGCGGCUAAUCGUUUUUUUUUGUCCUC